AUGUUUCCGAAUGCAAGAGAAGCAAAUUUUCGGGCUUAUCGGAGCCCCAAACGAGUCCGAUCGGCAAACAGGACGUUGAUGGCCUGCGUCAACUGCAAAGAGAAGAAACUAAAAUACAUUCUACUGACAGAGCGCGCCUCCAGUGUGACAACAACAUAUCUGGCUGUGAAAACUGUCGCCGCUCCGAGAUCUGUCACCUGCCUGGUAGAAGACCCAGCAACGAGAAAGCAUCGGCCCCGGAACUAUCUCGAGCUCCUGGAACAGCGAGUUGCAUUCCUCGAAGAGACUCUCAAACAGCAUCGCCCAGAUCUUGCGGAUGAUCAUCUUUUCCAUAGCGCGCCUUCUGAGUCGGAUUCCCAGUUCAAUGACCCCGUCACUUCCCUGCCCACUGAAGAUUCCUACUCUACUCACACACGCAGGUACAAGGACGAGGACCAACGCGGGGAGACUGGGCUUGAUGAGCUGUCGUCCAAAGUCGGUCUUUUGAGUCUCAGCGCCGCUGGUGCCGAGCCUCAUUACCUGGGCUCGUCAUCCACGUUUGCCUUCUCCCGACUUCUCAACUCAUCGUUGCGCGGCCUUGUCGCGGAGAGACAUUCAGGUUCAGGUUCCGGCUUGGAUCAACAUUCGAAUAAUUCACCCACACACCCUAUUCCAUGCCUCCUCCCCGACUACGACACUGCGGUAACACUGAGCGACGCGUAUUUCCAAAAUAUCCACCCCCAAUACCCGUUCCUUCACGAGCCAACGUUCAGAGAAUGGGAGCUCUCCAUCGUCAGUGGGCUAGUUGAAUUUGACGCCGUUACCUCUGACCCUGUCGCGCUCUUCUUCCUCCAUAUGGGACUGUAUGUCUCUGCGCAGGCAUACAGCGAUCAAGUCCUGGCGCUGGAUAAUAUAGAGUCGAUCCAGGCCAUCCUGUGCUGCGCCGUAUAUUCUCUACGCUCCUCUAUUGGUGCAUCCCACUGGAAAUUGGCCGGGCUGGCCCUGCGUCAGUGUAUCGACCGCGGUUAUCACCGCAACUCCAAAACCUUCGGUUCAACUGACGAUCCGCUGCAACUGGAAUUGCACAGAAGAGUAUUCUGGUGCACGUAUUCAAUGGAGUCACAGGCAGCAAUCAUGCUUGGGCGACCACAAGGGAUACCUUAUCAUGAGGUUGACGCGGAAUAUCCAACUGAUAUUGACGACGCCGACAUCCCAGGCAGUGGACCGUGUUACUCGUCACGGCAGUCGCCGACUGAUCCGCCAACAAGCAUGACGAGAGCGAUUCACACAUUCCGGAUCCGACACAUUUUGGCCCACCUACACACCACUCUGUAUUCCAAUUCCAAGUCUUGUUGCCCGCCGAAGCAUUCUCAUCUUGAGCAGGUCCAGAAAUUCCGGGCCGAGAUUGAGAAUUGGCGCGCCGGAAUCCCACCUCCGCCACCCUGCACCGACGCCCUUGCACUGUUCCAGACAUCAGAUUGGUUUGAGAUGGAGUACAACUAUACCAUACUUCAACUGUACAGGUCUCAAAUAAUACACCACUCUGGGACCGUCGAGAGUGUGUUCCUGGAUUGCAUGCGCGCCGCAGAGUCCAUAUGCCACAGCUACCGGUCUCAAUAUCUCGGGAAGCCAACUAGCUACACCUGGACUGGACUUCACGAACUCUUCCUCGCAGGGCUGACUUUUCUACAUUGCUUGUGGACUUCGCCUACUGUCCGAGACACGUAUCGGCAAGGUCGGGUGAGUAGCGUUUGCACGGACUGUACGAUUAUGUUAGUUCUCAUGGCGGAGCGGUGGAAGGCCGCUGCUCCCUACCGUGACACAUUCGAAACGCUAGCCAAACGUACCAUCACGAUGAUGGAUGAUAAGCCUGGCGGAGCGAGUGCUCUGUCUGACGCUUCACUAGAGCCUCAAACUUCUCCAGGGGAUGGGCUCGCGCAGUGGAUGGCUCUUAUAUCUGAUGCUGGCAUAUCGGAAGGAUACAUCAACGGGCUGUUGAACAGUGUGGUGGGAGACUUUCCUUCCUAG